UCAAUAUGUGCGACAGAAGUUCAUGAUGUUAUUAGCAGCAUGCCAGAGAAUGUGGUAACUUAUAUUCUUGAUAGUUUGCCUAUUAAAGAUGCGGCGAGGACUAGUAUCUUAUCGAGAACCUGGAGGUUUAAGUGGACUAUGCUCACUCAAAUCGUAUUUGAUUUUGACAAGUAUUAUGAUGAGAGGGAUUUAAGCAUAUUUCUCCUUCAACUUAUAGGUCCCGUCACAAAGUUUAUUCUCCUUGUACCAAAUAACAAGGAAUUGGAUGUUAAGGAUAUAAAGCGUUGGAUUAUGUUCUUGUCCAGAAAAGGAAUUAAAGAGUUCGCUAUUAUAAAUAACCAUCUCAAACCACUUAAGUUGCCUAGCCAUCUUUUCUCUUGUCUAGAGUUGAAACAUUUGAAGCUUUGUAACUGUUUUUUCCGUCUUCCAAAAACUUCUAGUGGUUUUCCAAAUCUGCUGAGCUUAGAAUUGCGUCGUGUAACUUUUGAAAGCGGUAAUUGUGGCCAACUUAUCACUCGGUGCCCAUUACUAGAGAUUCUGAAAGUUAGUUAUCAUCACAAUCCUUCUGGAAAACUGAAGUUAGUUGAGAUUGCUAAACUGACAAAUCUCAGAGUUUUGUCUCUGCCAUUGUGUAAGCUUGACUAUAUAUUGAUCACUAUUCCGAUUAUUUCUCAGCUUGGUAGCUAUUUUCCAAGACUUCAAGAGCUUAAUUUGGACUUUCAAAAUAGCAAGUUCCCCGAAGAAUUUGAUGAAAGCGAGUACUUGGGCUUGGAUAAUAUUUUUCCCAGCCUCAGGACUCUUAACAUUAUCCCGAAUAAACUUUUGUAGUCAAGCAAUGUUGACUAGUGCUAUUGGAAUGAUUUUGGGCUGCCCAAAUUUACAGACCCUUGAGAUGAAAGCCACAUACGAUGAUGUUGACACACCACCUAUAUACGAACUUUUGGAGGAAGACUACAGCAAAGCAAGACAGCUACAACUAUGCAGUGUAGUGUUAACAUCUUUUAGAGGUCCAGAGAUCGAAAUAUAUUUGAUAAAGAGUAUACUUGCAUGUUCUC